AUGGAGUGGGGUUACCUGUUGGAAGUGACCUCUUUGCUGGCCGCCUUGGCGCUGUUGCAGCGCUCGAGCGGUGCGGCGGCUGCCUCGGCUAAGGAGCUGGCUUGCCAAGAGAUCACCGUGCCGCUGUGCAAGGGCAUCGGCUACAACUACACGUACAUGCCCAACCAGUUCAACCACGACACGCAGGACGAGGCGGGCCUUGAGGUGCACCAGUUCUGGCCGCUAGUAGAGAUCCAGUGCUCGCCCGACCUCAAGUUCUUCCUGUGCAGCAUGUACACGCCCAUCUGCCUGGAGGACUACAAGAAGCCCCUGCCUCCUUGCCGCUCGGUCUGCAGGCACUUUUCAGACCAAACCGCGCCUCAUGCGCCAGUACGAGCUUCACUUCCUGUUCCUGUGCGCUGCGACCGGCUGCCGAACGGAACAGCCAUUUACAUGAUGCAUGGACUGGCCGCGCCGACCCUCUGCAAAUGCGCACCCAAUCCGCCGCGCCGCCUGCCGCCGCCGCCCCCCCAGAUUGAGCAGUAGCCAUACGGUGGCCUGACCGCUCCGCCCGGGGAACCCAGCAGACCCCAGAUCCACGCAGUGAAGGGCGGUGGCGACGUCGGACAACGGCGCGCGGCGGCGGCGGGCGGCAGCGGCGAGCGGCGGGGAGGCGCGAAGCCUGGCGGCAGCUCCAUCCCUACCGACCGGGCUAUGAUUCGCCGCGCCAUGGUGAACGUGUCCAGCGAGGCGACAUCCCUCUACAACCGCGUCAGACCUUAUUACCAACUUUGCGCGCUGCCCUGCCCACAACCCUUCUUCAGCCAGGGACGAACCGCGCCUUCACCCGUCUUCUGGAUCGACCUGUGGUUACUGAUGCUUUCGGUACUUCAUUAAUCCACCUUCGCCACCGUCUCCACCUUCCUCAUCGAUGCGGAGCGCUUCAAGUAUCCUGAGCGACCCAUUAUCUUCCUGUCGGCCUGCUACCUCUUCGACCAAUCACAAUCGGCUACCUGGUACGCCCUGGUGGCAGACCACGAAGGUGGUCACAGCAACGGCGCGCCAGACUGGCCGUGCAGAGAACGGGUGGCGCAACGGCGGCAACCAGGCGCGCCGGAGCGCCUGACAGGGCGCGCGGGUGUGGCGAAGACGCGGCAGUACGAAGUGGGCGCUGUGGAACGAUUACGCUACGAGACCACGGGCCCGGCGCUGUGCACCGUGGUCUUCUUGCUCGUCUACUUCUUGACAGCCAGCUCCAUCUGGUGGGUGAUCCUGUCGCUGUGGUUCCCUGGCGGCGGGCAUGAAAUGUGGGGCAAUGGGGCCAUCGCUGGCUCUCAGUACUUCCACCUGGCCGCGUGGCUCGUGCCCAGCGUCAGGUAUCGCCGUCCGCAGCGCUCAAAGCUCGGACGGCGACCGGUGGCCGACAUCUGCUACGUGGGCAACCAGAGCCUCGACAACCUGCGCGGCGUUCUUCGCCCGGCUAUCAUCUACCUCUUCAUCGGCACCAUGUUCCUGCUGGCCGGCUUCGUGUCGCUCUUCCGCAUCCGCUCAGUCAUCAAGCAGCAGGGCGGCCCCACCAAAACCCGCCUAAACUGACUCAUGAUCCGCCUGGGUCUCUUCAGGCGCGCCACGCCCGCCGCCGUCGUGGUCGCCUGCCUCAUCGUGAACGCUGGCAGCCCGCGCUGGGAGGCCACGCACAACUGCCCGUGUCUGCGGGACCUGCAGCCAGACCAAAGCGCCCAGCCCGACUCGCCCGUCUUCAUGCUCAAGUACUUCAUGUGCCUCGUGGUGGGCAUCACCUCAGACGUGUGAGUCUGGUCCGGCAAGACUCUCAGUCGUGGCGGCGCCCUGUGCACCCGAUGCUGCUGGGCCAGCAAGGGUGCUUCGGGGGGCGCGGGCGCUGGGGCCGCAGGGGGGGUUGGGGUGCCGGGAGGUGGUGGGGGCGUGGGGUCCGGUGGGGGCGGGGUCCCGGGCGGUGGGGCGGGAUCCCUCUACAGCGACGUCAGCACCGGCCUGACGUGGCGAUCUGGCACGGCCAGCUCCGUGUCUUAUCCAAAGCAAAUGCCAUUGUCCCAGGUCUGA